UGAUGCGAAAUUGGCGCUGGUCGUCAGAAAGCCCUUUGCUACUGCUUCGGCGUCACAAGUGUACAUAGGCCUCUGUCUCGGCCAGGCGUCAGUGGGUUGGUGGUUAUCAAAAUAAGCUAUAGGACGUAAAAGUGCGUCGCGGAGAGAUGGAGAAAUAUGGCACCGAUAAGGCAGGCGUUGAAGGCGGCGCCAGCGGCCAAAUCCACCGCAUUCGCAUUACGCUUACUUCCAAGGACGUGAAAAACCUUGAGAAAGUCAGUGCUGACCUCAUCAAGGGCGCCAAGGACAAGCAGCUCAAGGUCAAGGGCCCUGUGCGCAUGCCUACGAAAGUGCUGCAAAUAACCACGCGCAAGGCGCCGUCUGGUCAGGGAACCAACACCUUCGACCGCAUGGAGAUGAGGAUCCACAAACGCCUAAUCGACCUGCACUCGCCCGCCGAUGUUGUCAAGCAGAUCACCUCCAUCAGCAUCGAGCCCGGAGUCGAGGUGGAGGUCACGAUCGCGGACGUGUGACAGCUGUGCUACUGGUUCAGCAAGGAAGAUCUUGGGGGUACCUGCGCAGGUGGCCAAAAGGUUCUGAUAGGGCCUACAUUCGUCAAAGCCAUCUUCAUACGCACAUGGCUGGGGCGCAUUGUCGGGCGGCCACCUGCGGGUCCCUUCUUCCUUGGCAAUACCACAGCGGGCCCACUUAACACGGUACCCGGAAAGGCAACCGGGUCAUGAUUUCCUGGGGACUUUAUCGGCCCAAUGGCGUCUGUUACGGUUACAGUGGUAAUCGUGGAGCGUGCGAAUAUGGAAAUAGCAAAUAAACAUAAAGGAUGUGCUCCAAAAGCACUCCAGGGUCCCGGCACGCAUAAGGGUUGGUAUGGGGAUUUAGGUCUUUUGUUGUGGGCGCCUGUUUUCUUGAGGCAGGUGCUGUGGCGUAUUGAUUGCCGAAAAUGUCACGGCAGUCCAGGCAUUGUACCCCCGAAGUUGUAGGGUGUUGUUGACCCUGGUGAAGCUUCGUACUUUCCCAAGUUCCAAUCACGUCCCAUC